AUGUUUAUUUUCGUUUAUGACCUUCUAAUAGACGAUGAUUCAUUGGCCGACGACAUUGACUAUAAUUCCAACAAUGGCCACUCUGAGCAUGUUAUUUACCAACGCUCCGGAUACUUGUCGAAUCAAUCAACGGCUUCGCAUGCGCCUAUUGGUGGUGCGAUGCUCGGCACUCGGCGACCUGGCUUGCUGAAUGCUGCUAUCGGACUUGGACGUCCAAGGGGUCGACCACCUCUGCAUUAUUCUGCUGGAAGCGGCGGAAGUGGUGCCUCAACAUAUUCUUCUAUCGACCAAGGCUCCACAGCUAUUGCUCCAAUCCGACCAAGGUCUUCAGGCACCGGACCAUACAUAAGCAGCUAUACUAGAUCAGCGUCUCGCGACUAUUUACUGGAUGCUCUCGAAGAAGCUGAACUGGCCUCACCACCUCAACCUAAACCUGCGCCGCAGCCUUGGGCUCCUGGAAAGCGUGGCAGGCCACCCCUUGCUAUGUCGCUAGCCAAAAAGGCUGCAGCUGCUCAGGCUGAGGCGGACGAGACGACUUCAAUCCUUCAAAAUAUUGCGAUUCCUCCACCACAUGAGCCACCUCCGGCCAGUUUCGGAAUGUCUACGCGUAAUUCAAACCGCUUAAAGCGAUUUAGUAACUAUGGCGUUAUAGACACUGCUGCUGCUAAAGCUGGUAAAGAAGAAGCACUUAUGGCAGCUGCCUUCGCACUAGUUGAUGCAGAAGAGACGGAAGAAGAAACUCAGCCGAUAGAAAAGGGUGAGCCAUUAUCUGUGUAUUUAUAA